UCACUGUAUAGAAAUAGGUAAUUAAUCAAAUUAUUCAGUUUCAGUUUCAGUUUCAUUCAUGUUUAGCCUAACUAGGAAAUCAUGUAUGAUGAUGCUUGAUGAAGAAAUAUGAGUAAUUUUACAACAUUGUGAACACAGUAACACCUGGUGUUCACGACAACGAUGUUGAAUAUGUAAAACAAAAUACAAAUACAACAUCGUGUAUUAAAAUAUUUGGCCUAUAUUUGGCCUAACGUAAUAUGUUACGAUGUCAUUGUGACAAACUAUCUGAUAUCAAAUAUAACUGCUGAUAUAUCAUAGUGCAAAUUGAGAUAAAAUGACGACACCCUACAAGAUUUUACGAGAUGAAGAACAUUUUAUUAAUUAAAAUAGGCCAUUCUGUGUUCUUUUUAUUUUGCCGAACUUUUAUGCAGUGAUAUAAAUUUAAUAUACAUAUGUAACGUCUUUGUUAACUCGUUAUUUUAAAGCAGCAUGCCUCCAGAUUUGGUUAAAAAAUAAUCUUUCUUUCAAAUUGAAGUUUUGGUCAUAUUAUGAAAAUUAGAACAUGAAUUUUUGUUUCUAAAAUAUUUAAAAAAUUCCAAAUCAGGAAAAAAAGAUGACCGCGUCAGGAAUCGAACACCGGACCGCCGCGGCAAUAAAGACAUUUUCCCGUCUUCGUAACCAAUAGCGCUAUAGCUGAAAUAGUGAAUAAUGACUUCUAAAUAUAGAUAUUUAUAAUCGAGACAGUUUACCUGGAGUAAAAGCGUGACAAACGCUUUUCGAUUUUCAUCGUAAAAAGUAGUAAAAAACAGCAAAUUCUCAUGUGUUUCCGUAACAUAAGGUUUGUCAGUAAUUAAGUUUUAAAGCCUUCUUAAGAAAUAUAGCAUUUAUUUCCAGAUAUCUAAAAAAAAUAUUUUUGUUGUUGUCGAACGAUCUGGAGGCAUGCCGCUUUAAGCAGCUCAUCAAGAUAUAUACAUAUACUAUCAGUACUACUUGUAGUUCAUUGAUGGGUACUCAUUUAUGUUAUGAUAAAAGAUAAAAAAUUUUAAAUGUUAUUGUUUGAAAUAGUUUAUCAGAGAAAAAAGUGUUAUUUUAACAUCUAAAUAGUUUAAACAUAUCCCGGAAUGUUCAAAUGAGAGGAUACCGAUACAGCUUCAGAAAUCUUUUGAGAAAGUCGAAUACUGUCUGUAUCCAUGGAAACUGUACGUUACAGUAAAUUUGACGAUGGAGUUUCACUUAAUGAAAUAACUGAAAAGAACACUGAAGGAGGCCUGAACGUUCUUACAACGUGUGUGUUCGUAGUUGGAGUCAUUGCCGGUUCUGGUUUCCUAACUUUACCUAAAGCAAUUGAUGACUCUGGUUGGAUUGGAUUUCUUCUGGUCUUCUUGUGUUGCUUUGUUUCUGCAUAUACCGGUGAUAUCUUAGGCAAGUGUUGGACUAUAGUAAGGGAGAGACAUCCAGAAUUUAAGAAUGGAAAAGUUCGCUAUCCUUACCCUGCCAUAGGAAACGAGGCAUACGGAAAAUGGGGCAGUGCAAUAGUGUCUUUCUCCAUCAACUUCACGAUGUUUGGGACUACAAUUGUCUAUAUAUUACUGGCUGCUGAGAAUAUAGUAAAGCUACUUCCAGCGGAUAGCAAAUUUUCGUGCUGUUACAUUUCACUUAUUAUAUGGGGAGUAAUGACGCCUUUCACUUGGCUAGGUACACCAAAAGACUUCUGGGGUAUAGCGGCAGCAGCUACACUAGCUACGUCAACUGCAAGCUUUAUACUGUUAGGUGCAGUGAUCCAUUACAGCACAGAAAUCAACAUAAGUGAAGUAAAACACACGCACGUGGACAUCAUAUCUUUCUUCACGGCAUACGGAACCAUUUGUUUUGCCUAUAACGGACAUCCAGCCUUUCCAACAUUUCAGUCUGACAUGGCAAAUCCAAAGAAAUUUGGCAGUGCACUGGCACUUGGAUACUUAAUUGUUUUUGUGGUAUAUAUGCCGUGUUCCAUAGCAACGUACGUCGUAUAUGGUGAAAAGAUCGAAGCUAACAUUCUGAGCACAGUACCCGGUGGACCUGCAACCACCAUAGUUUCCAUUCUGAUGACAGCACAUCUAUUAUUUGGCAUUGUAAUAGUUAUUAAUCCAGUAUCACAACAACUUGAGCAUGUCAUAAAUAUCCCUGAGCACUUUACAUGGAAAAGAAUUGUAUCCCGAACACUGACAAUGUUAGCAGUGUUAUUGAUAGUAGAAUCGGUACCUCACUUCUCGUCUAUACUCUCUUUGGUUGGUGGUUCGACAAUAUCAAUACUUGCCUUUCUCUGUCCACCGUUAUUCUACCUUAAAUUGUGCAAGGGCAAUGCAGAAAGUGAAGAAAUAUUUGUUCCACUCCAUACUAAGGUACUGUUAUAUGAGAUAAUGCUGAUAGGAGUGACAGCUGGUGUUGCUGCGACGUACUCGGCAAUUACUGACCUUGCUGUGAAUAAGUUUACUGUUCCCUGCUAUGUAGAUGUAUAUAGAGCAUGUCCUAGGUAGAAGGAGCAUCCAUUUGGAACUUAGCUAUUAUUGCAAGCAACGGAUAACCUUACUAAUACUCUUCUGCGUAACGUGCACUUUUGUGUUUGACUGAAUGACCAUUAUGCACUAACACUAGUUUAAUGACAUUUAUUAAAUUUUUCAAACAAUAUCUCAAAAAUCCUAAUAUAAAAAUGCAGUGACGUUUAUGUAAUUUAAAAAGUAAAAAAUCUCUUUUCCAUAUUUUGCCAGCAUCAGUGAAAUAUGGGCGUUAUUUGGUUUGGCGGCUUUUUUUUGCAUGGUCUUGGUAAGUGUUACUGGCUUCUACUGCAAUCUCUUGCACCACAACUGAUGUCAUGGCAUUGAGUGAAUAAUUAGAAUGAUACAACCAGGUUAUAACCGUAACACUAGUUUCAAUGUGUAUGUUAAAUGUUUCUGUAAAACAUGCUUUAGAUGUUGCUGUAUAUUUUUCACUUGAAACGAAUCAAUUAAACAUGUUCUAAUAGUUUCUA